AUGAAUAGACUUACUAACGAGCAACGCUUGCAAAUCAUUGAAUUUUAUUACCAAAAUCAGUGUUCGGUUCGAAAUGUGUUUCGCGCUUUACGUCCGAUUUAUGGUCUACAUAAUCGACCAAGUGAGCAAACAAUUAAUGCGAUUGUGACCAAGUUUCGCACUCAGUUUACUUUAUUGGACAUUAAACCAACCACACGAAUGCGUACAGUGCGUACAGAAGAGAAUAUUGCGUCUGUUUCUGAGAGUGUGGCUGAAGACCGUGAAAUGUCGAUUCGUCGCCGUUCGCAGCAAUUGGGUUUGUGUUAUUCGACCACAUGGAAGAUUUUACGCAAAGAUCUUGGUGUAAAACCGUAUAAAAUACAGCUCGUGCAAGAACUGAAGCCGAACGAUCUGCCACAACGUCGAAUUUUCAGUGAAUGGGCCCUAGAAAAGUUGGCAGAAAAUCCGCUUUUUUAUCGACAAAUUUUGUUCAGCGAUGAGGCUCAUUUCUGGUUGAAUGGCUACGUAAAUAAGCAAAAUUGCCGCAUUUGGGGUGAAGAGCAACCAGAAGCCGUUCAAGAACUGCCCAUGCAUCCCGAAAAAUGCACUGUUUGGUGUGGUUUGUACGCUGGAAUCAUUGGACCGUAUUUUUUCAAAGAUGCUGUUGGACGCAACGUUACGGUGAAUGGCGAUCGCUAUCGUUCGAUGCUAACAAACUUUUUGUUGCCAAAAAUGGAAGAACUGAACUUGGUUGACAUGUGGUUUCAACAAGAUGGCGCUACAUGCCACACAGCUCGCGAUUCUAUGGCCAUUUUGAGGGAAAACUUCGGAGAACAAUUCAUCUCAAGAAAUGGACCCGUAAGUUGGCCACCAAGAUCAUGCGAUUUAACGCCUUUAGACUAUUUUUUGUGGGGCUACGUCAAGUCUAAAGUCUACAGAAAUAAGCCAGCAACUAUUCCAGCUUUGGAAGACAACAUUUCCGAAGAAAUUCGGGCUAUUCCGGCCGAAAUGCUCGAAAAAGUUGCCCAAAAUUGGACUUUCCGAAUGGACCACCUAAGACGCAGCCGCGGUCAACAUUUAAAUGAAAUUAUCUUCAAAAAGUAAAUGUCAUGAACCAAUCUAACGUUUCAAAUAAAGAACCGAUGAGAUUUUGCAAAUUUUAUGCGUUUUUUUUUAAAAAAAAAGUUAUCAAGCUCUUAAAAAAUCACCCUUUAGUUGAUUUACAAUGGAAUUGGACAAGUUAAUUGUGCCGAUAAUGGAUUACUUUGAGAGCGAAAGAUUUGUGAACCCUAUACGUAUUUCCCGAUAAAAAGAUAUUGUCGACCACGUGGGCUUGAGUCUUGUUAUAAAAGGAAUGAAAUGACAAGGUAGAGGUUAAUAGCUGCCCUGGAGAUGUUUAUACAUACAUAUACACUUGAAGCGGGAAAGCAUGUGGCGCAAGUGCCGAUUUCCAUGAGUUAUCAAGCUCUUAAAAAAUCACCCUUUAGUUGAUUUACAAUGGAAUUGGACAAGUUAAUUGUGCCGAUAAUGGAUUACUUUGAGAGCGAAAGAUUUGUGAACCCUAUACGUAUUUCCCGAUAAAAAGAUAUUGUCGACCACGUGGGCUUGAGUCUUGUUAUAAAAGGAAUGAAAUGACAAGGUAGAGGUUAAUAGCUGCCCUGGAGAUGUUUAUACAUACAUAUACACUUGAAGCGGGAAAGCAUGUGGCGCAAGUGCCGAUUUCCAUGAGAUCUUGGUGCAUUAUUCAAAAAUAAAAUGUAAUAUAAUGAAUAUUAAUAAAGGAAGAAAUUACUAUUAA